AUGACUUUCUCCGAGAUGGUUUCCUUUAUGAAUCUGCAAAUGCUACACUUAACUGCAGAUGUAUACGAAAUUGUACCUGAAAAUUCUAGAUAUGUUACUGAUAUCUAUGUAACUGUUAUACCUUUAUUCGAAAUGCUCCGUCUACCAUUGUCAAUAAGAUAUUGGUCACACAAUGUUGUGCAAAAUUUUAGGCAGCUUCGUCAGCCAAAUGUGCAGGAACAUGUUGGUUACCUCGUCUGUAUGUGUUCCGUGAAGAGAAUGCAUAUAAUAAUCAGACUUCAAAUUGAGAAAGUGCCAGCAAGAACGCGUUCACGAGUAAUAAUAUCAUCUCUUCUGCUUGAACAAUGUGUCUUAACCACUAAAGAAUACUCACACAUCUGUAAUAGCAUUUUUUGCCUACCCCUUCGCUUUUCCAUGGUAAUUCUCUGCAAGCCAUAUGGUAUUGUCAGCUACCGUGAAGUUUCGACUUUUGAAACAUUUCUGUACAAAAGAUGCAGAAAUUGCAUACAAAUUUUCAGCGUAGGAUCUCUUAUUCAAAAUAUCCAGUAUCGAAUAAAACCUCUGCCAUCUUGGGAAAGUAGUAUUUCAUUAUCUUCAGACGGUUAUUUUACUAAAUUCGCGGCUUAUAAUUCAAAGCUUUCAUAA